UUUUGCGUGCAUGUGGAAUUGCCGGAUAAAUAGUAGCACUACUUAUACGGAGUAUGUGCGCUGGUAGUGCCAAAGUAGUUGGCGAUCCGGUUCGGCGUAGAAUCCCGGCGCGAGAUCGACAGCGGGCUUGACCUCUUCUUUCUCUCUUCUUUUCUCCUUCUCUCCCCUUUCCACAAGCUCGUGUCAGUUCCUUACUCAAAUUCGCAGCUCUGAGUGAGUGAAUGUACCGGACCCGUUGCUGCUCCUGCUUCCCUCACAAUGUUGGUAACAUACAAAAACAACCGGCUGAUACCAGCACUCAUCAUCACCGUCUGCGUUGUCCUUUUCUACUGCCUUAUUGACCCCUCGUUGGAGAACUAUGGCUAUGACCCGGUGGUCAAGCAAAAGGGCAUCGUCGUAGAGGAAGUGGAGCUGUCUGAUGGCCAACGGAAGCCGGUCGAUCUAGGCACAAGCUCGACAGCGGAAACGGCAGAGGCGCCAUCCAAAGAGGUGGAAUACAUUGCGCCAACCAACAGCCACAAGACGACGGACAAAGAAAAGAAGCCCAGCAAGGCCAUAUCAUACAAUGGCCUCUCUACAGAUGACGUUCUCCUCAUUGUCAAAACUGGCGGUACCACCAUUUGGAAGCGGAUGCUGGUGCACUUCACCACGUCGCUCUCCCAGGACCGAAUCCCCCUAGCCAACACCGUCAUCUACUCCGAUGUGCCGGAGCGGGUUGGCCCCUACAACGUCAUCGACGUGCUCGCCAACAUGUCUUCUACAGCAAAAGCCCAGCCUGAUUUUGACGUCUACCGGCAGCAGCCCGAGUAUAUGGCCAACAAUUAUUAUGUCGAGGCCGCCGGCGUCAAUGGCGAUGAAUGGGGCCCCGUGGGAGGCUGGAUCAUCGACAAGUACAAGUUCGUUCCGCUGAUCCAGCAUGCUGGCGACAACUGGCCCAAAGCCAAGUGGUAUAUAUACAUGGAAGACGACGCAUAUCUCUUCUUGCCAGCCGUUUUGGGCUACCUGGCCAAGUUCGACUCGACUGAGCCGCACUACCUGGGAAGCUAUGCGGCCAAGUCAGAUGUCAUCUUUGCUCACGGCGGCGCGGGCUUCGCGUUGUCCAGAGGAGCGUGGGAGCAGUCGUUUGGAAAGCAGGGCAACGGAAAUGGAAGCCUGACAGAGGAAUACUACCAGUACACGGCCGACCACUGCUGCGGCGACCAGGUGCUCGCGCACGCACUGCGCAAGCACGGCGUCAAGUUUGGCGAGAACGGCGGCGACGGCAAGUUCACAUUUGGCUUCAACCCCGUGGUCCACUGGGCCUUUGCGUUUGCCAACGCCAACUGGUGCAAGCCGCUGCUAUCGUGGCACAAGGUGCACAACCGCGACAUCGCUCGCUACUACGAGCUGGAGCAAAGCUGGGACUGGAGCAAGGGGCCGCUGCUGCACCGCGACUUCUUCAACGCCAUGAUCCUUCCCAAUAUCAAAGAGCACGCCGAGUGGUGGGACAACUACUCGGGUGUCUUCGAGGUUUCGUCCGGCAACAGAGAAUGGGCUCCCAAGCCGGGCGCAGAGAAUGGCCAGUACGACAAGGCGCUGUGGGCAAAUGCCUGGGAGUCGGUUAAGGCGUGCGAGGCGGCUUGUCAAGGCUGGACAAUGUGCAUGCAGUGGAACUAUGUCGAGGAUCUAUGCAAGAUGGACGACAAGGUCUAUAUGGGCCAGGGCUAUGCGCCGGGCAUGUCGCAGAGGAAGACGGCCCUGAAGCACACCAGCGGCUGGAUGUACAAGAGACUGGAGGAUUGGAAGUGCUGAGAGCAUGAUUUAAUGGUUAAUAGACUCGAUACGAGGAUUUUGGUAUGAGAUCCUUACCUGGUUGGGAGGAGCGCGUGCUCAAGCUGUUGGGAACAUUUUCAUCAACAGCCCAUCUCGAUAAUGAGUUGCUGAGAUCGGCAUCUCUCGGGCUGGUUUAAUGAUAGGCGUUGGGGAGCGUUGUGAUGCGAGGGAUGUCUUAUGGUUUUGCGCUUUAUACGAUUAGAUGGGAUCUAGUAUGUAAAAUAUCUGGUUAUGAACGAUAUGAAGUUAUUUAUGUGUGCGUCGC